UAUGGGACAAUUAACUGCUUAGAGUGAGGUUGACCUAAGAGUUAUGUAUUUGUGCACAUUUAGUCCGUGCGAACGAUUUGUUGCUUCUGGUAACCCAAAUAAUGAAACUGCUGUGUUGGACAUUCGACGACCUGAUAAAGUCUUGUUCAGAUUAAAACAUCAACAAACACUUGCUGAUCACAUGGUGCCUAUCAACUCGGAUAUGGGCAUAUCUGGUGUACAUUGGAUGUCAAACAGCAAGAUCCUGGUUACUGGUGGAGGUGAUUGCUCUGUAAAGUUAUGGGAUGUUUUUGGUAGCGGCGAGUUGCUGAAGUCCUAUCCAACAUCAAGUAACGUCUCAAGCCUAGCCGUUGACGAAAAUGCCAUGAUGAUUUGCGCAGGUGUCGCUGGAGCACAAGGCAUAGUACAUGUGUGGAGCGCAUCUCCUGUUUAAUCACUUGAUGGAUAGAGUCCUUUGGACACUACAUUACAUGACGUUACGUUUUAUUUACAAAUAUAUUUCUAUGUAC